AUGGCUGAACAAUACGAAUGUGGCAAGAGACGAACAAUUGGGGGGUCAACAAAACGAAUAGUAGGUGGCGUGCCGGCGUCUCCUGGUGACUGGCCAUUCCUCGCUGCUAUCCUCGGUGGGCCCGAGGAGGUUUUCUACUGCGCUGGAGUGCUGAUAGCAGACCAGUGGGUGCUUACUGCUGCCCAUUGUGUUGGCAACCACACGGACGUGAACGGCUGGACGAUACAAUUGGGGAUCACGCGGCGUCGCUCACACGCUUACUACGGGCAAAAGGUGAAGGUGCGACGUGUGGCGCCACAUCCGCAGUACAACUCGGGCAUUGCACACGACAAUGAUAUCGCGCUUUUCCAGCUGUCAGUUCGAGUUCGAUACCACGAGCAAGUGUCCCCAGUUUGCUUGCCACCGGCUAACCGUGUGCUGAAGCCAGGAACCGUCUGCACUGUCAUCGGAUGGGGGAAGCGUGACGAUAAAGAAUUAUCAGAAUACGAGCCAGCUGUAAACGAAGUUGAAGUCCCAGUACUAAACAGAGACCUGUGCAACCAAUGGCUGGAGCACCGUGACCUCAACGUCACCGAGGGAAUGAUCUGCGCUGGUUACCCUGAAGGGGGGAAAGACGCUUGCCAGGGCGAUUCCGGUGGGCCGCUACUGUGCAAAGACCCGGCUGAUUCCACGCGCUGGUACGUGGGCGGUAUCGUGUCGUGGGGCAUCAAGUGCGCACACCCGCGGCUCCCCGGCGUGUACGCGUACGUACCCAAAUUUAUCCCCUGGAUACAACAACAGAUCGCCACCUACAACGACGAUGAUGCCAAGUCAGAAGACAUAUAA